AUGAAUCGCCAAUCUGAAUCUAAAACUCUUGGCAUGGACUUCAAUACAAUAUUGUCAUCAAUCCAGGCUUGCAAAUCAGCAGAGAAAAAUUCAUGCCACAAAUCAAACGGCACCCAUUGUUCUCCAAAUAUUAGCAACUUCGGGGCAGUCCCUCAAAGCAUGCAAGAAUCCGGAGGGUCAGAAGAAUGUGUCACAUUCAAAAAAGGCUUUGGCACAACCAUCACGUCGGGCGGUGGGGGAACAGAAACUUUUCCUGAGUUUGGAUCCUUCAAGACUGACGGAGGCACGCAGACCCGGGCUAUUCUAAGCGUAGCGACGAGGGGACGAAGGAGUAAGGCGAAGAGGAAGAUAAAAGGUUGGUACCGAAACCAAGUCCAAUUGGUUAACUAUACUACCUAA